AUGGAUCUCAAUUUUGACCUCGACAAUUUAUUUGCAAGCAAUGAAAUGGAAGAGUUCAGUGUUUUUGCUAAUAUGCCCGGAAGCAUACUAACGUACCCUUGUAUAAAUUCAAAAACUCCAUGCUACAGCGAUUCACUUUAUGAAUUUAAAGAAGAGGACUUAGAGUUAUUUGAUCGUGUUAGACAAGAGUUUAUUCGAAGAGUAGAUCAACGCAUUAACGAGCAUGAUCAACAAGGUGAAAAUAUAAAUUCACUAAGAGUGGAUUUUCUCUUAGGUUAUGAGCACCAAGAUGUUAUCGAUAAGUGGAUUUCUUAUGCAAUUGCCAAGGGUGCUGAACGGAUUGAGAUCUUAUUCUCUUGUGAUGCAUUCGGCAUGCCUAACCUUGACCUUUACAGGUUUCCCCAUGCUCUUUUUUCUGAGUUUAAAAAUCAUCUACACCUAAGAAAUUGCCAUCUAUUACCACAUGCUGAGUUUUCUGGAUUCAAGCAACUUAAGACCCUUGUUCUAGAAGAACUCACAUUCCACCCUUCUUCAUCUCAUAUUGUUACCCCAAAUCUAUCAUCCUUUGAGUUUGGUGGUGGUAGCAUUCUAAACUUUUCUUCUAUUGAUGCUCCCCAACUAGCAACAUUUUAUUUGAAUUCAAAAAGUGAUCUAAUAUUGGAAGAUCAAUCUUCAGAAAUUUUAAAUUCUGUUUUUAUAUUGGACUCACUCCCUCAACUUCAAAAUCUUAGUAUGAUUUUGAAUCCAUCAUUGAUAUCUAAGUUUCCAACAACUAUGGGUCCUUUUAAAAAUCUUAAAGUAUUGGAGUUGUUUAUUAUUGAAAUAUCAGAAGAAGUUGAUGAAGAUUACUUGUGGAUUUUAGACGUGGUUAUGGCAUGUCCACGUCUCCAAAAGUUAUAUAUUGGGAAUGCAUGUCCUGAGUUGUGUGCCAAUAACAGACAGAGAAGGGAACAUCCAACAUUCUUUCAUUGUGAGUUGAAGAAUGUUGAAUUUCAUGGUUGUGUUGGCCAAAAUACUGAAAUUGAGCUUGCUAUUCACUUUCUAAAAAAUGCGAUUUCGCUAGAGGAUAUCACUUUCAGCCCUCGCUCAAAAAUCUAUUUAGGAAAUGGAAAAUCGUUUGAAGGUUUUGAUUGUCUUUCCUAUUGGUCUGAGACUGGGCGCAAUUUUAUUCGUGAAGAACUCCAAGAUUUCGUCUGUGGAAGUACUAGACUCAUAUUUCUCUAG